AUGGCCCGAAAUAAGGAAGGAUGCCCGCCACUGGUCUCAAUGUUGCUUACAAUGUCAGAGGACUUCGUGUUGAUGGUGGUGGAUAGGCUUACCCUUUGGCCAGAAGCAUUCACUACAUCCAAUAUUUCGGUAGACACUGUGGCUACGAAACUAUUGGCAGACUGGUUUGCUCGCUAUGGCAUACCGCAAAUGAUCACACCUGACUGUGGAAGAAAAUUUGAGGCUUGUCUAUUUGGAGAGCUGCUACAGAUAUGUGGCUGCACUUACAUACGCGAGAAAGCAACUGCUCUAAAAGCUUUGCCUUUGAUUUUGUUACGCCUUCGAUCAUCGGUGAAAGAAGAUGUAGGCCGUCCAUUGGCAGAGUUCCUGUUUGGGGAAAAGGUACGCCUAACUGCUGAUCUACUGACCGACAAACCUACAAUCCUACCAUCUGAGAAACACAGCUCCGUCAUAGAUUGGAACGUAAAGCAUGAAAUGGUCUCCAUAGAGUGGCUAAUACCCUCUUACGUCUAUGCACAUAAGAAUGGGACUUCGAGUGCUAGAGCUACAAACCAAGACCUUCAAGGGCUACACAGACCUUGGACUACAGACCACAUCUUUCCACCUACAGAUCCUCCACCUAUAGCUCCAGUGAUCACAUGGGCAGGAAGAACUGUUCACCAGCAUUACCCCAAUAUACCUGGGCCCAAAAUUCAUUCACUGGAUUAUCCCAAGCCAGCCGGUGUGGCCGAGCGGUUCUAA